AUGAGAAUCAGUGAGACUAUAACUUAUCUGCACCAUAUCUGGGACUUCUGGUCCUCCCUGGUCGCUUCGGACCACGCCUCACUGAAGAAGAUUGACCAGAAUACCGUGAAUUCCCUGCAGCUGCUGGCGCCCGGUAAAUCACGCACUGAUGGGAGAACUGCCUGUGGAAUGGUCCUAAGCGGCCAAGCUUUUGCCGAGUUUAGCGACGAAGAGCGACGGAUCAUAUGGUCCCGAAUGCAGAAUUUUGAUGGUCUGAUCCCGUCUUUGUAUACCUUUUUCGAAGACUUCAAGUACCUGGAGGCCUGUGCCCACUGUGUCAAGCGGCUCUGUGGCCCGAUCGAUAUGUCGAUCUGGAGAACCAUGAGUUCAAUAUUCAUUCCACCCUCAGAAGAGGGAACCGCGACUUCAGGGGCAGUGGAUUCGCUCAUCCAGACAUCAGAGUCUAAUUUCCGACGCCAACAGGCAACUGAUAUGGAACGCCUCGAGACAGGAUAUCUACAAAUAUGGCUUUACGCGAUGAGGCACUAUACCUUGAUGCCCCCGGACCCAAAGAGCGAUGACGAGUUGUUGGCAAAAUCAACUCGCCCCAAGCCCGAUGAGAGGGCGAUUUACGAGAUGGCUGAACUCGCUCACCAACUUCGCUUUCAGUCCACUGAAAUCGAUGCACUGAUCAAGAGUUCACCCGAUCAUCAGAUCGCACGAUCAGCUCUCCUACAGGCCCGAAAGCCCAACCGGUAUCGAUACGAUAGCCAGGAUUUUGAUCUUUUGGUCAAUCAGAUUGUGAGCUGUUUCGCCAAGGCUGUUUCCGACCGACCGGAGCAACCCCAGGGUCUUCUGGCGGAUAGCGCAAUGAAGCUAAAGACCCGUGCUGGGGAACCCCAAACACGGACUCACAAGCAAGAUGGACACUUGCUUUUCUUGGACCGUUUGCACGCUGAUGUUGAGGUUGCCGACAAUGUCACCAGCUUUUUCGUCCGCCGUUGUGUAUAUUUUGCAUUUUUCGGAAAGUCUGCCCGGGUUGCGACUAGCAAUGUCAGCCAAGCUGAGGACACUGAUCCAGAUCAAGAGAUGGAGGAGAUGCCUCCUUCGCCAAUGUUCGUCGAAGAGGACGACUCCCCUGUUACUCAUACGCCCGCACCAGACCCCCAUCCACCUCACGAGCCCCAGGGGGAGCCACAGCAGCAGAAAGCUGAAGUGAUUAUGGGGCGAGGAGGCAGUGAAAGCCAGCAGCCAUUGCGGACGGACCAAAAAGAAAUCGUGAGGCGUCAACGAAGGCGAAAUUUUCAAAUACGCCGAGCUGUCUCGCGCCCGGCGGGAGAUAUGGACCAAGAGCCAAUGGAGUUAGAACUGCCAGACGUAAAUCAUGACCAGGUUAUUUUAAACCGGAGCAGUUCGCCUGAAGAAAAUUCUAUGUCAGUUGGGCCUCAGAGCCAGCCGGAGCCGGUCGAACCAGCGACGGCUAUCACGCUUUUCUCCCCUGCCUCUGCUGUGCCAGAUGUUGAAGAUAGUAGGAGUGACUGCACACGAGUCUCCCCGGACGUAGUCCCGCUUGUGGAGGACCAGGAAGAGCAAACAAUGGUCGAAGAGGCCAGUAAAGACGAUGCUCCUGACGAGCAGACACGGGUCGACGGUGAAGUUCGGCGAGUUUCUCCAGAAUCAGAGGCAAACAAUUCCUCAGUAUACAGCCAAUCGCCACCGGAAAAUCUAGAUGAAUUUCUUGCUGGUUUAAGAAGAGCUCAGGAAGAACAGGAACAAUUAGAAGAGAGGUUGGAAAAUGAGCGGCUUCAUCAGGAGCUCGGCGAACUAGAGCAACCACGGAACGGGAAGCCUUCUCCACAAGAAGACAGACAGGAUUCAUCGCCACUGCGCCUUGAGUACCGAUCCGAGGAACCCGCGCACGGGCAUGUCGUGGAUGCCGUAUUUGCUCCAGACGCCAUCACCCACGAAGCGUUGGUAGAACCUCUCCACCCAGGAACGCCAGGAUCUGCGAUAGAUCCCCACCCCACUCCUCCAGUUGCCGAAGAUAUCCCUGCCCCAGAUUCCUCCACCGCCGAUCUUAUACCCUCAAGGGCGGUCGAGCAACGGCCCCCUCAGAAGCACAUUGAGAUCGAGGUCUGGUCCCUUGAACGAGGAGACUGGAGACGGUCAGACCGGCUCCGCGUCGAUCCGUCAGAUCCAUCGCCGCUGGAACGAGUCGCGCAAAAGUAUUUAUGGAAGAAUUAUUCCCUAUACGACAAGAAUAUGCAUAACCUGAGGCCAGCCCAAUGUUACCGUGCAGCGAUAGCUGAUGACAGUAACGCCUUCUUCAUAGUUUCCGAGUAUGAGGAGAAGAAGCUUGCGGCAGAGGGCCGAGUUGUAAAGGAGAAGAAACUCCUAGGGAUGGCAUCUCGAGUAUUAGAUCGGGUAGAGGUUAUAAGGUAUCCUAAGUUAGCAUGA